AGUUUAGUGGCGUGGUCACUCGUAGGCGUGGGUAGUUCGAGUAAUUAAAAGUUACGGUUUGUUGCAAGUGUUAAAGUUCUUAUUAAGUGAUCUCCAAUUCCUGAAAGAAUGGUCAAGGAAACAAAUUUUUCUAUUUUAUUAGCAAUAUUAUUCUUUUUUUGUUGCAUUCAAGAAGGAUUAUCUAUCAAAUGCUGGGUAUGCAGAUCUGAUUCAGAUCCAAAAUGUGCAGAUCCAUUUGAUAAUACUACUGUGCCUAUAACUGAUUGCAAACAAGAACCUGAUUUAGAACAUUUGCCAGGUGUGAGACCUACUAUGUGUCGUAAAAUUCGUCAAAAAGUCAAUGGUGUAUGGAGAUAUUUUCGUAGUUGUGCUUACAUGGGGGAACCAGGAAUUGGUGGCGAUGAAAGAUUUUGCCUUAUGAGAACAGGAACAUAUAAUAUAUUUAUGGAAUAUUGUACAUGUAACAGUAAAGAUGGCUGUAAUACAGCCUCAUAUAAUCAUGGAAGCAUAUUUGUUUCUAUUAUAGUUUUAGCAAUUUCGUUAAGACAUGUACUUGUUCAUACUUAAUUUUUUUGACCAAAGAUUACAUAUAGAUCUAAUUAGAGAAUAUAUAUUUGAACAUAUUUUUUUUUUAUAACAUAAACAUUCACUUGUACUUACUAAUGACAUUCUUUUCGACAAUAAUACGAUCUUCAGGGAAAUAAUAUAUAUCAUUUCAAACUAAAUUGACAUUAGAAAGAAUUACUCAAAAAUCAUUUUAUAUAAUCAAAUAGCAUUUUAUAAGCAUUUUGUGCCUUACGAGAGAGAUAAUAAUGAACAAAAUAUUCUAAGGCAAUUUUUAGAUAUUUUUUUAUCUUUUCUCAGAGUAUUGUAAUAUUUUAUAGAAAUAUAUUUUUAUUAAUAUAAUAUACAUUUUAAUAUAAAAAUAUACGUUUGUAUUAUACUUACAUUUUAGAUUUUCUUAGUACAAAAAAUGAAUAUUAUACUAAUCAAAUAUAUUGAAUUUAUAUUAACAUUUAGCAUAUAUAGCAAUAUAAAUAAGACUGUAAAUUCCGUCCAUUAUUAAAUCAUUUAGUAUUAGUAUAAAACAAUUGUGCUUUUGUAUUUUUGUAUCCAUUUUCUGGAAACAUGGUUAAUUAUUAAAUGUCACAAAAAUAAAAUCAUUGCCUGCAUAAUGCAUCAUUCCUUAUACAUUUUGUACAUGUGUAUGAUAAAAGGAAAUAAAUAAAGAUACAUGGAAAAUAUUAUGUAUGAAAAAAUAAAAAUCAUCCUUAUAUAACAGGUAUAUUAAAAUAUAUUUCUGUUAUACAGAAACAUUAUUAUAUUAUACAUACAGAUUUUUUGGUGUGAUUGUAUAUCGACUCUAACAAUAUUUGUUGAAUUAUAUAAUUAAUUUUUGUUACAAAAUACAUGUACAAUUAAUUACAAUAAUAUAAAUAAUUCUUAAUAAACGUUACUUUAAUAUUUUUAAUUAUUUACGAUAUAAUAUAAUGGUCAAAGAAAAUUAUAAUUGAAAAGAUGAGCAAAUAUAUAUUGUUAUUAUUAUUAAAAGUAACAUCGAGUAUUAUUAUAAUAUAAAAUACUUUAUUUUACACAUGACGAAAAAAAUACUUUCCAUUGAUUUAAUGAUCUAUCUUAAAAAUGUUAAUAUAAAAUUGAAGAUCAAUUUGUGGUAAAUGUGGUAAAUAGAACAAAAGCGCUUCGGUACAUUUGCAUUACAUCGUAACUUACUUAACAGCUAAAAAUUACUUGGUCGCGAUCUGGCACAAAAAUUUACUUUCUUCUUUCAGAGAUAACUUCUAACUCGGACUCUCUAAUAACCUGGAAUUUUAUUUCAGCCUAAGGAUUCUAGUUUUAUCUA